AUGCACUGCACGACCCCUGAAAGCCCUACCUCUAAGGGCACGAAGUUGCAUGACCCUAUAUCUUAUCAACAGAGUCUGCGUAUGGCUGGAUCUGACGAGCCCACGGCUUGUGACCCCUUGCCAAACUCGUGCGCGACUAAGAAGCAUGCGGAAAUCGAUCGCCCACUCGACCAAGCUUCCAUAGUCGAACAGGUCCGCAACGGCUCUAAAGUCGAAGGCUCAGGGCAGACAAAUGAGCCGUCAAAAAGUCUGUCAAAUGAUGCGCAACUCGAAGAGCGCUGCUUGCGCAAGCGGGGCGCGUCACAUACCCCAGCUUCAACAAAGUCAGAAGGGGCUACUGAUGAGGCUGGCGAGGGGAAAGGAGCUGCAUAUGCACGCUCAGAUAUGGUUGACUGCAGCUCUAGCUUGCAGCCUAGGCCUAUAAAAUUCCCCAGAUCGACGCAGGAGCCGAUGACCAGUCAAGAGGUGGUCACAGAAGCAGCAGCAACCACAGGAGGGUUCUCGACGAUGCCGGAAAAGACUCAUCAAACUGAUACAGCUAAAGGCGUACUCAAGAAGGGCGUCACAGGUGGUAUCCCCACGGAGCAGCGACAAGGUGGCUCAAUUAGUCAUUCUGAAAUGUAUCAGUCUGCAUGGAUUCUCGCCCCCAUGGUGCGGAUAAGUACAUUGCCUUUCCGGUUAGAGUGCCUCAAGUACGGCGCAGACCUUGUCUACUCUGAAGAAAUAGUGGACAGAAAGCUCAUAGACACAAAGCGUUACAUUAACAAGGACUUUGGCACUGUCGAGUACAUCCACAAGAGCGAUAGACGGUGUGUUUUCUCCACCUGCGAGCUCGAGAAAGGCAAAGUAGUGCUGCAGCUCGGGACCGCAGAUGCAACGCGCGCCCUGCAAGCCACAACUGUUGUCAUGCAGGACAUUGCGGCGGUAGACAUAAAUAUGGGAUGCCCAAAGAGUUUUUCGGUCAAAGGUGGUAUGGGGGCGGCGCUGCUCCAAACUCCAGACGUGGCAAUGGAUAUUCUGAAGACGCUAACUCGAAAUAUUACUUGUCCGGUGACGUGUAAGAUUCGCCUCUUGGAAACACUUGAAGAGACAGUCGACUUCGCACGAAAAUGCGAGAGUACAGGAAUAGCAGCGAUUGCCGUUCAUGCCAGAAAACGCCACGAACGACCGGCGCACAGAGCAAACUGGCAAGCCUUCCCGGUAUUGCAAAGUGCUCUCAGAAUUCCGCUAAUCGCCAAUGGGGAUUUGUUCUCCGCUGACGAUGCAAUUCGUUUUCAAGAGGCAUAUGGCAUCAGGAGCUUGAUGUUUGCUAGAGGAGCCAUGUGGGACCCGUCGCUAUUUGCCCAUAAGAAGGCAUAUGAGGCUGGUGCUACAGCUGGAUGCUCCUUUUCUCGUUCAGAGGUUCUCAAGGACUACAUAAAGCGUGCCGUGCUGUGCGGAGCCCCAUACCAAUCCAUAAAGUUUACCCUUCAGGAAAUGACUGCGCGGGAUAGUGAUCGAGACCUCAAGCUCGAUUUGGUUGCGGCGAAUUCGACAGCAAAGGUCUGCACUGUGUUCGGACUGGACCACUUCUACAACGGCAUCAAGCAUGUGCCUUAUGCUAAUACACUCAACUAUUACAAGUAUGUAGACCUCGAGUAA